UAGGCCUUAUACCUUGGUUCUUAGUAGUAGGUACUUCAAUAGAUCCUUUAGCCUUAGUCACUCCCCAUGAAUGACAACUGAGAGGUUAGAAUCCUUAUUUUGUUUUAACUUCAGUUUGUUGAACAGGUCCUUGCUAGUGAAAUUGCUAUCAAGGAUAGAAACAGUGUGUAACUUGAUGGUGGUCAGAACUUCUAUUGUUGAAAUUUGUGUGACUUUAUGGAUGACAUUUAGCUAGUAUUCAAGAAGUUCUUAUGUUUUUUGGUUUCAUCAACUCCAUCUCUAGUUACAGUGCAGCAUGUCACCCUCAGAUGGAUGGACAGACGAGGCAUAUCAUUCUGGGGGGAUCUAUUUAGAGCAUGUGUGAUGGACUUUGGAGAGUGCAUAAUUCGAUUUAGCCUUGCUUGGCUUGGAUUGCUUCAAAGUCAAUGUUUCAACAUUUUGGAUUUGGGAGUGGCACAUGGAAGAUCCUCACUCUUUGUUUCUAGUAAUGCUGGUCCUUUGAACUAGAGCCAGAUAGCUCAAGGCAAGUUUUGGGGUAGUAUACCUUAAGACUCUUGGGGAUAUGUUGGAAGCAAUGAAAUGGGAGAUUAUACAUAUUCACAAUGAGCCAGAUAGCUCCCUUGAAGUGCAUACUGUUGAGGUUUUAGUUUCGAACAUUGAGCCAAAGCUUGCAAAUAGUAUUGUGAGGCAAUUGAAUCAAGUGUGUCCACUUGAUAAUCUUCGUCAUGUGAAACGGGUGCAAAGAAGAACUUCCCAAGGAAAAGUUGAGCUAUCUGUCAUUUUGUGCUUGGCCGAUGAACAUGAAAAAGAUACAGAAGCAGUUCCAAUAGGUAUUCAACCUUUUAUCAGAGCCUAUAAUUUAUGUCCCAUUAGAACAAAAGUUGCAAAGUAUCCUGCUAGGUCAAAAGAAGAAUGGGAGGAGCAAUGCAAGAUUUGGCCCACAUCAUUUCAUCCAUCAACCAAUUGUGAUGGGGUUGCUACAUUAAGUGAUGAGGAUAUGAAAAUGAUAUUCCACUACAUGAAGGUUGCAAUACAACAGACAAAGUUGUGCUACAGUGGUGCCAAAGUUCUAAAUGCUGCUGUCAUUGUUGAUCCAGUGAGUAGGAAAGUCAUUGCAAGUGCUAACGAUCAAACACAUCCUUUGCUUACAACAUCAGAACCUAGCGCAAGAUAUGGCUGCAUUGAUAGAUGUGUAGCAACCACUGUGCCCCCGGAAUCCCAUCCCAAUACUGCAGGAAGCAAUCAAAACACCACAGUUCAAAAAUUCUCACUUCGCACAUGCAGUGAUAUAUUUGCUGGGGUUUCUUGUUUAAAUCCUUGGGAUUGGGCAGCUCAAGAACUAGGCAAGCAGAAUUCCUUGGUAAAGAGAGAGAAUAAAUUUACCUGGCAUCCUCUGAGGCAUGCUGCUCUUGUUGCCAUAGAGAAUGCUGCAGAAAGAGAUAGGAAGCUAUUCCCUAAUUCAGAAGUAUCGGAGUCAAAAUCUGAAGCAUUGGAUGUUCUGUUGCAUACUGCUGAUAAGUGUCCAUCAAAACGUCAGAAGAUUGAGGAACAGAUUAUUAACAAGGAAGUUUCAGACAACUUGAAACCUACUGAAAUAAUGCGACCUUACCUGUGCACUGGCUUUGACAUAUACCUAGUCUGGGAGCCAUGCCCAAUGUGUGCCAUGGCGCUCGUGCACCAGAGGAUACGACGCAUAUUCUAUGCACUACCCAAUCCAAAUAUUGGGGCUUUGGGCAGUGUUUAUAAACUGCAAGCAGAGAAAAGUUUGAAUCAUCAUUAUUCGGUCUUUAGAAUUUCAGUACCUGAGCAAGACAUUGAAGAGCUGAUACUAAACACAUCAGAUAAUACUUCACAAUGCUGAAAGCCAAUAGACAAUUAAGAAUCUUAACACAUUGUUGUGUGGUUAUUUCAUAUCAUGUGCCAGUGUCAAGCAGCCACUAGUUCCGCUUCUUGACGUUAAGAUUUGCAACAUUUAUAAGUUAUUUACAUGUUAGUUUCCUUUGCUUAGAUUUGGUGAGGUUUUCAUGGGAAGCCUGUACAUUAGCAGUCCUGCCCUGCAGUGUACAUUUUGAUCUUUUUGUCUUCUACACGAAAGAGUGGCGUAUCCGUAUUAUACUUGACAAACGUGUUUUCCCUUUGAAGUUGUCCCGUUCUGUCAUUUAA